AUCAAAGAUCGUGCUAAUUGUAGUCACACGUACUUCUUCAUUCUUUUAUUCUACUACAAAAACGAAAUGAGUGACUCUGCAGCUGUAUCCGAACCAUGCAUAGAAACAAAAGAGUUGUCUUCACAUGAUUUGGAAAAGCUUGAAGAAGAAAAAUUGAAAGCUAAGUUUCCAGCUGGUUUAGGAGGUCUCGGACGUGGUGGCCCAGGUGGACACAGUGCUUUUCUACAAAAAAGAUUAGCUAAAGGGCAGAAAUUUUUUGAUUCUGGAGAUUAUCAAAUGGCAAAACAGAAAAUGGGGCAAGCAGGAAAGCAAGCUCUGGCUAAUAAGGUGAUUCCAACAGGUGAUGCAAUUCCUACUCCUGAAACCGUACCUGUUCGCAAGACAUCUAUUAUACAGCAAAAAUUUAAUAUAAGUCAAUCAUAAUAAAAGUAAAUUGUUGACAAAUUUACUUUUGUUGUUUAUUGUAUUUUUAACAUAAGGAUUAGUUUGAAUGUAAGAAUGUAAUACGCUGUUAAUAAUAUUUUAAAGUGUAAAAA